AUGCAAAUGGGUGCCAACCAAUAUUUUGUUGACUAUCUCCAGGAUUUCGAGCUGAAGUUGUCGCAAUGCAGCGGAACAGGAUGGUUGGACUUUAACAAAAUUACUUACCUGAAUACAGGGAUAAAUGCCACCUUACGAUUCCUACUGCUGAACAAAACUAUGUCAGACAAUAAUCACGAGAAAUGGGUGAGUAAGGUAAAAAAUUUUGCCGGACGUCUCGAAAAUACACCGGAAUAUAGACCAAAGAGCUGUUCGGGAAAAAAGACCUGGUACAUUCCUCAAAACGGUAAUAAUUCCCAACCAACUUUCGGCAAAGUUCAAAGCAAUUACCAACUAUCUCUCGAUGCCAAUGGAGACACAAAUAUGGGGGGUAUUAGCUCCUUACCAGCUCUAUAG